GAUCGCACAAGAAAAUAUAUAAUAUAAUUUAUUCAAAUAAACAAAUAUAUUUUUUUUUAUAAAGUAUUUUUUUUUCUGAUUUACAAAAAAUAAAAUGCGGUAUUAUUUCUACUAGAAUUUACAUGUUUACUUUUUUUAUACUAAUUUAUCACAGUUACUUUUAUGUUGAAUAAUUAAAGUUGUAGUGCGAGUGUCUGAAGAUUGAGGUUAAAAAAAAAAAUAGAACCAAGUGAACAUAACUUUAUUUGAAAUAUAAUUACCAAAAUGGCAAUACCAAAAAAAGACGUAGUGUUACCUAAAGAAAUUCCACCACUCCUAGUGGACAUGCAUGCUAAUUACAUCAUUUCAUACAGCGCAGAUAAAGAUGACUAUACAUUCGUCAUGACAGAACACUUGAGAAUGUCGGGAAUCUACUGGGGCCUGACAGCCCUCGACCUGGUAGACCGGCUAGACGAAAUGGACAAAAAUGAAAUAUUCGAAUUUAUAAAACAGUGCCAGCACGAUUGCGGUGGAAUAGGUCCGAGCAUAAAACACGAUCCUCAUCUGCUGUACACCUUAAGUGCCAUUCAAAUCCUCUGCAUGUAUGACGCACUAGAUGUCAUUGACACUGACAAAGUAGUUAAAUAUGUAAAAGAGCGCCAGCAACCGGACGGUAGUUUCGCUGGCGAUAUCUGGGGUGAAAUAGACACCAGGUUUUCAUUCUGUGCUGUUGCUACAUUGUCUUUGCUGGGACAAUUAGAUGCUAUUGAUGUAGACAAAGCUGUUGAAUUCAUUGAAAGUUGUAUGAAUUUUGAUGGUGGGUUCGGUUCUAAACCUGGAUCUGAAAGUCAUGCUGGUUUAAUUUAUUGUUGUUUAGGAUUUUUAUCAAUUACAGACAGACUUGACUUAGUAGAUGUCGAUAAACUAGGAUGGUGGCUGUGCGAACGUCAGUUACCAUCCGGUGGCUUGAAUGGCCGGCCAGAAAAAUUACCCGACGUAUGUUAUUCUUGGUGGGUGCUAUCUUCUUUGACGAUUCUCGGCCGCUUACACUGGAUUGAUAAAAACAAACUGGUUGAAUUCAUUCUUGCUUGUCAAGACACUGAGACCGGUGGCUUUAGCGAUCGACCCGGUGAUAUGGUCGAUCCAUUCCACACUUUGUUCGGUCUAGGCGCAAUAUCUCUCCUGGAAGCUGAUCCGCGCGUCAAACCAAUAAAUCCUGUUUACUGUAUGCCUGAAUAUGUUAUCGAGAGAAUGGGCAUCAAGCCCACGAUUCUCCUGAGAUAAAUAAAAAUUUUAACUCUAUUAAUUACUAAAUUAUUUCUCAAAAAUUAUAAUUAAAUUGUAGUUUUAUAAAAUGCACAAUUUCAAAUUUAAAUAUACAUUUUUUUU